CAUGACUUGCCGCCACUGUACAACCAACUCAGUAGGCCCUCAAUUGACAGAGCCAUCGAGUCACUAGUUUAGUGAGUGCGCGACAAUUGGAAUAACCACCAACCCAAGUCUCAUUAUUUUAACUCACCUUAAAAACAUAAGUGUUUUUAAUAAAUUCAUUUAUUAAUUUAUUUAAUAUAUUAAUAUAAUCAUUUAAAAUGGCUGAACUUGCUGUUGAAAAUCCUGUCUACGGACCAUUUUUUGGUGUUAUGGGCGCCGCCUCUGCCAUCAUUUUUUCCGCUCUUGGAGCAGCAUAUGGUACUGCUAAAUCUGGUACAGGUAUUGCUGCCAUGUCAGUCAUGAGACCUGAGCUUAUCAUGAAAUCAAUCAUCCCUGUUGUCAUGGCUGGUAUUAUUGCCAUUUAUGGUUUGGUUGUUGCUGUACUGAUUUGUACUGCUAUUGAAGAACCAUCAAAAUAUACACUUUUCAAGGGUUUCUGUCAUCUUGGUGCUGGAUUAGCUGUUGGCUUUUCUGGUCUUGCUGCUGGUUUUGCUAUUGGAAUUGUUGGUGAUGCUGGUGUAAGAGGAACAGCCCAACAACCAAGACUUUUUGUUGGUAUGAUUCUCAUACUUAUUUUUGCUGAAGUAUUGGGUCUUUACGGUCUCAUCGUUGCUAUCUUCCUUUUCACCAAAAAUUAGACCAAUUAAAUUCAUCAAGUUGUCAUCGAUUCAAAUAAAUUUUUAAAUAAUAAUAAUAAUUAAAUAUGAAAAAAAACAUGCAAAAAUUAUUUAAAUAAUAAAACCGCAAAACCAUCAGCUAAAAUUACAAAUAUAUUAAAUUCAGUUAUACAAAUCAGUAAUCUCUAAAAUAAAAAAAAAAACAAAUAAUAAUGAUUAUACUUCAAUAAAUAAAAUAAAUAUACAUUUUUAUCAUUGAUUAAUAAAAAAAAAAAAAACAAAAAACAAAACAAGAAUUAUAUUAUUUAUAAAGAAAAAAUAAAAUUCCGAAAUUUAGAAUUGCACUUGAACCAUUAUUUCAAUUUAAAUAGUAUUCAACGUGAUAAAAACUCGAUUAAUUUGUCUUUUUUUUUCGAAAAAGGACAACAAGUAAUUGUGAUUGUUAAUAUAAUACAAUCGGCAAAUAAACGUUGGAUAUAUUUAAAUUAUUAUUAAUAAUAUAAAAUCGUACAGAAAAAAAUAACAGUCGAUCAGGCAUAUGUACACAGAAAAAAAAAUGAUGAGCACAUAAAAUUAUAUAAACGAAUCCACCUGUCAAAAUUCUCUUAAGAAAAAAAAUAUAAUAAUAAUAAUCUACCUUCUUUCAUUGUAUAGUAAUCAUUUGUAGUAUAGUUUGACAUAAAUUUAUCAAAUAAAUUAAUCGGCUCUACUCAGUGUAUAAAGUUAAAAAAAAAAAAAAAAUCAAGUUUAAGAAACAGAAAAAUAAAUACAGUUCUAUUAUAUAAUUAAUAAAAAGAAUAACAAAAAAAUUUUAGCACAAUUAUUAUUAUGAACAUAAAAAAAACAACAUAAAGAACAACAAUGUUGUAUAGCAAAGAAUAAAAAAAAUAUAAUUUUAAAAAAUAAAAAAAAAAAAAAAACAGUUAAUUUGUAUUUCCGAAGGCGGGAACUUUGCAAGGUUAUUUUAGAGAAAAAAAAAAAACAAACAAAAUAAUAAAUGAAUGGAUAAAAGAAAAAAGAAUAUUAAACGAAUAUUAAUUGUGAGAGUACACGAUAGUAUUAAGUCAAUUUUUUUUUUGAAAGUUGCUGAAACGCUUGGAUAACACUCAAAUGCAACAGAUUUUUAUUUUGUGCUUUGUGAAAAAAAAAAAUUGAAUAAUAAAUAAACAGCGUUUAAAAUUAUAAAAAAAAAAAAAAAAUCAAUAUGCGUACGUCAACGAGGCUGAUGACACAGGCCAGUUAUCAAAUGUCUCAAUUAUCAACAAAAUGCGUAUUCAGAGAUCUUUAAAUAUUAUUAACAUAUAGUUUAAAAAAAAAAAACAAAAUAUAUAUUAAAAAAAAAAAUUAUAAAAACAAAUAAAAAAAAAAAAAAAAAGAUGAAGAAUACAUGGGUGAAUGCUAGUACAGAAUUGAGGAUAAUCUUCAUUAAUGAAAAAAUUGAAAAAUAAAAAAAAUAAUGAAUUUUGUGAGGCGAAUAAUAAUGUUUUAAAAAAUAAGAAAAAAAAAAAUGUGUAACAAUUUGUACAUUCCAUAAUUUUGUUGAGUAAAGACCAAGCGGGGGACAAAUAAUGAUCUCAACUCCUAUACAGUUUCUUUUUUUUUUUUGUCAUUUCUUUUUUUUUUUUUUUAAAUUUUUGUUAUUCAAUUAUAAUUUGUUUUCUAUUUUCAAAUUAUGUUUUUCUUUUCUUUUUUUGUAAUGUCGAGGAAUAAAUCAGAUACAAUUCAAAUCCACAGGAUUUAUUGUUUGGGAGCUGACAAUUUUUUCUGUCUGAUUAAUUGAAUUUGUUGUUGUCAAUAUAUACUUAAAAAUUAUUUUGUUAAUUUUUUGUUUAAACUUAAUUAAAGCGACGAAUACAAAAAACAAAAAAAAUAAAAAGGUUCUUUUUUUUAUUUAUUUUUAAUCAAGGAUAAGAGUUAUCAAGUCCCCCACUUUACUUUAUUAUCAGUGGCAGUAUCCAUUAUUACCUUGACAUCAUCAAGCUCAACAUAUAGACACAUUUUUAAACGAUCAAAUAAUAUAAAUAAAAUUGUUUAUUAUUUCAUAAACAAUUUGGCAUAUCAGCGGCAUAAUGAUUCUUUAAAAAUGUGUCUAUAUCAUCACAGGUACAAAUAGUUAAAGAAGCUUUUUAAAUCAUUCUAAAAAUGUCAAGAUCUUGAUUGUAAAAUUUAAUGGAAAUUUAUUUGGACAAAAUAUCAAAAAUUCAUGGGAAUCAAUUUGUCCUAAACUACAUUUUAAUGGAGGAACAAAAAAAAAAAUGUUAUAUAUAAAUUAAAAAUAUAAAAAAAUGAAAGGACAUAGUGAGCGUGUAAUGUACAUAACACAUGCUUUGAAUAUUGCACGUAGACUAGAUUUGAAAAAUAAAUAAAUGAGAUAUUCUAAAAUAUCGUGAGAACACAGUGUGUUAAUUGUGUGAAAGAAUCUAAAUUAAAUAAUGUCAAAGCUAUUGGAUGAUAAAUAUUAAAAUACAAAAAAGAAUGAGUGAACAAAAAUGAUAGAUAGUAAACAAAAAUAAAUAAAUAAAAGCAUAAAGUAUGAAAUAUAAUACAAAAGCAAUUAUUGUACUGAUUAAAUGAGUGAAAUAUAUAAAGAAAAAAAAAAAGCACUGGUAGAAAUAAAAAAGGAAGAUUAAGGAGGGACUUGCCGCUACUCAUCCCAUAAUUAUAAUUAAAUAAUAACAAUUAUUAAACAAUAUUAGUUUAUAUCUUCCAGUGUUUAAUUGUAUUUUCAUUGUUGAGCGUUUUAAAAGUGAUACUGAUCAAUAAUUAUUUAUGUUAUUAAUUCGUCCUCGAUGUUACAGAAAAUAACAAAAAAUAACAAAAAAAAAAAAAAAACGAAAAAAAAAAUAAAAAAAAAAAAAUCGUGUUUAAUAAAAAUUUAAUUUGGACAAAUGUCAUAUUAAUUAUUUUAAUAUUUAAAUUAAUUUAUUAAUUAUCUAAUCCUCUCUCUCUUUCUCUCCCUCACACAUUUUUCAAAUUAUUUUAAAUAAAGAUGCAAAUAUAUAUUUUACUGUUUAGAAGAAAAAAAAUUUUUUUUUAAUUAUUUAAAAAUAAUAAUUGAGGUAUGUUUAAAUAAACCAUUAAUUAUAUCAAUUAUUAUUUUUUUUUUCAGCAUUAUUUGUUACAAAUUAAUUAAUUGACAAUGAUUAAUAAUAUUUUUUUUUUUUAAAUUGAUAUACUGUUUUAUUUUUAAACAGUAUUGUAAUUAUCUUUUUAAAAAAUUUCGUUUAUAUGUUUUUUAUUUAUUUAAUUAUAUAAUUUCUUUUCAAAAUUAAAUUAUAUAAAUAAGUAUAUAUAGAUAAUUGAAAUAAAAAAAAAAGCUGAAAAAAUUGACAUUAAAUAUUUUUUUUUAUAAUAAUUAUUAAUAAUAUUUUUGCUGAGGAUUGGCAGUGAAUUUUACAAGUCAAAUGAAAUGCUAAAAAUUCAAUAUGUCUUUUUUUUCUUUUUCAUUUUCAUUUUCGUAAGUUUAAUAAUUUUUCAUGUACGUAUAUUGCAUUGUCGGUUUUUUACAUGUACAUUUUUUCAAGUGUACUUGAUAUAUAUUAUUUAAAAUUUAUAAAUUUAUAGAAUGAGAUUGAAGUCAGAUGCUGACAAAGAUAACGAUUACAAUUACGUGUGAUAGAAUUUAAGAUUUCUUAUUAUUUUUUUUUUUUAUUAUUAUUCUGAGAUGUGACGUUUAAUAAAUCGUCAUGUUUAAAUUGCAAAAUCAUUAACAAACAACCUUCGUGAGUAUUACAAGAAGGAAAAAUUUAAUUUUUUUUUGUUUGACCCACUUUUUUUUUUAUUAUAAUAAAAUUAAUCGUAAAAAGUUGGUUCAUUUAUUUACGUAAAUUUUAUAAAUCACGGGUCUAUUUAAUCAACCAAACAAUAUAAGUGAUGAUGCCACAAAUAUUUUAUUUUGAUGAUUUUUCAAUUUUUUUGUAUUUUGAAUUUAUAAAGCUCUAGUAUAAGCUUAUUAAUUAUAUUUUUUUUUUUUUUACAAACCAGGUAAUUAUUGAUUUAAAAAAAAAAUUCGGUCACAUAAUAUUCUAAAUGAUAUAUUUUAUUCUACAAUAAUUAAAUUUUUUUUUUUUUUAUAGUCAAUUGAUUUUAUAUUUAUCCUCCUUUUAAUUGAACGUGUAUGUUCAAUUUUUUGAAAAAUUUAAAAUUUAUAAUAUGUAAUUUUUUUUUUCUGUUUUUCAUUUACACAAUUAUUAAUUAACAAUUUAUUUAUUGAAGAAAAAAAAUAUCAAUUGAUGUCUAACGAAUUGGUUUGCCAUUGAAUUUAUAUAAAAGAAAAAAAUGGAUAUAAUUUAAUGAAUAAUUAUUACAAAUUCGAUAAGCACGAAACACAUUUUUAUAUACGAAAUUUAUGCCAUUAAAUAUUAGACUACAAAUUCCUUGCUAUAAAUUUAAUACGUCACGUGCAAAUAACUAAGUUAAUUACGUUUUUUUUUUUUUUAAUUUUUCAUUAUUAUUAUUGAAUUUUAUUUUUAUUUUUAUCAUUAAAUUAUACUUGUUAAUUGUCACUGAAUAAUUUCAGUGAUAAAAAUUAUGAUAAUUAAAAAAAAAGAAUUAUUAAUGCUUUAUUUGUUGUUGAUAAGAAAAAAAAAGGUAGCAUAUUCGUCAAGGGAUAUUCUUUUAUCCAAAUUUUAUUGUAAAAAAAAAAAAAAAAUAUAUAAAUUCAAUAAAUGAUUUUUUAUGGUGUAAAAAUUUGAAGUUUUAAAUAUAAAAAAAAAAAUUUGAACAAAAAUUUAUGGAUAAAAGAAUAUGUACAUUAAUCGAAUAGCAAAAAAAAUUAAAUUCUAGAAUUAUUCUUAGGAUAGUAAGUCCUUAAAUUUCACUUUUUUUUUUUUUUUAAUUUAUUUAUAAGUUUUUCGAUUUUUUUUUUUUGUUUUUUUUUUAUCCUACACACUUUUAUCAUUUAUAAUUGUCGACACACUCACGGGAUUUAUUAUUUAAAAAUUUUUUUUUUUUUAUUGACAAACUCUUCAGUCCGGCGAUAAAACCGAAUUCCUAUGUGAUCAAUAAUUAUUUACAUCAUUGUCUUGCUUUUUAUUGUUGUAAGAAAAUGAAUAAUUUUCAAUUUUCAAACAACUAGUUAUUAUAAAAUAAUUAAAAAAACAAAAAAAACUACAGCUAAUUGUUUACAUAGAAUUAAAAAAAGACAUAAAUGGAAAUAAAAAAAAUUGUGAUAUGAUAAUUGAAAAAAAAAGUAAUAAAAAUAAAAUACUUGUAAUAAAAAAAAUUUAAAUUAUUGCACUUAUUUUUUUUUUGGGAAAACUAAUCAAGCCGGUCUGAAGGUUGACUCAAAGAUAUAUUAUUGAUGUUUUAUUAAUUAUUUCGAGUAUAUUCUUCUCAUUAAUAAUGAGUCAUUAUUAAUAAUAUUUUAAAGAGAAGACAAGUCAGGGAAAUAUAACAAGGAUUAUGAUGAACAAAAAAUAGUUUAAAAAAAAAAACAAGGAUUAUAAUUUACGAUGAUUGUAAUAAAUUAAACCAAAUACAAUAUUUAUUAAAGAAUUUUUUUUUUUUUCACGAUUAUUUACGUUUUAAUUAUUUUUACUAUUUCUAAGUUUGUGGUUUUUCAUUUUUUUAAUAUCAUUGUUAUGUAAAAUUUUAUUUAAAUGUGAUGUCAGUUGAUCAUUAAAAAUUUAAAUUACGAAAAAACAAAAAAAAAAAAAAAAAUUUAUUUAGUAAAUGUUUGAUUGAAUUUUUUCAUAGUUCAAUUCGAUCAUUGACACUUAUUUUUUUAAAUGAUUAAUAUUAUUAUUUUUAUAAUUAAUAUAUAAUCAAUUUUUAUUGAUGUUUAUUUUUUUAUUUUUAUAUAAGAAAUGUCGGUACUUCAUUGUAAGAAUAAUUCUUCAUAAUUGAUUUUAAGUGACAUACUUAUUCACUGACAAAUGUGUAUAUUAUUUGUUUAUUUGUUUACACGGUUUUCACCCGCGGACAAUAAACAUUUUUAUAAAAAAGGAGGGAAAAAAAAAAAAAAAAAAAAAAAAGGAAGAAAAAAAAGAGGUGGGACAAGCACAAAGACAAAACUUGGACUACACAACAAAUAUUUUCACCAAAAUUAAAUUUUCUUUUCUUCAUUUUACGAAUGUCGGCUAGAUAUUUUUUUCUCUUCUCCUUUUUUUCUAUUUUUUUUUUUUUUUUGGCCUAUAAAAUUCAGCUAAGAGCUAGAAUUUCCAUUAGUUACGUUAUAUAUAUAUAUAUUUUUUUUUUAUUUUCGUUUUUUUUUUCAUCAUUGAUUAGAAUGUUCGUAAUUAUCUAAAACGUUAAAAACUUCCUGCUGUUUUUUGAGGGUCCUCUUGUCUUUUCACGCUCUUAUAUACAUAUAUAUUUUAUUUUUUUUUUUCUUUAUGUUACAUUCAUCACACACAACAUUCACGUUUUAUAUUUUCUUUUUUUACUCUACCAUGGUUUAUCAAUAAAACUUAUUACGGUUUUUUAUUUUCACACAAUGAAAUUAUUAGCAAAUUGUUAUUUAAUUCCAACGUCAUUUGAGCAUGUACUUGACCCUCUUCUUGUUCUUGUCUUCAUUUCCUUCCCUCGUUUUUGCAGGACGUUGCUGAUGUUAAUUGUUCACCUUUUC